AACUAUUACUGUCCCUAUUCAAGAAUGCGGAUGGAGUGAACGGCUCGAAGGUAAUGUGAUGAUUACAACAGGUUUUCAAAAGAAUUAAACGUUAGGGAUCAUUUUGAUGGUUUCCAAUUAUGGAUUUAUUAUACUCUACUGUAUGGGAAACUGCGAAGAAGUCACAGAGAGAUGCAUGUGGUAAGGUUACAGUUAGUUGGUCUCAUAGAAACUUGAUAGCAUUCACCUCAGGAUACAAGAAAAUACAAGAUAAUAAUGACAAGAAAUGUUUGUACAAUGCAUUACAUAUAUUAGACCCUGACACUCCUUGGGAUGUUUGUAGCUUUGAUUCCCAUCACAAAGAGUUGAUUCAGAAGAUUGUUUGGGACAGCACAGGAGCAAGGUUGCUUUCGGUUGAUUUGCAAGGACAAUGUAAUGUGUGGACAAUGAAGGAUAAUCUUGUUAAUGACUGGCAAUGCAAAGCUACAGCAAAUGUUGGUGAAGGAGAACGGCUUGUAGCUGUUUCAUGGAUAGAUAAUGGCAUUAAGGUCAUGUUUAGUCCCUCCAGUUCAGAUGAUCAUGCAAGCAAACGAUCGUUCGAAGAACAGUUUAAGUCAAGCAGUAACAAACCUCCUUAUACAGAAUUUGGUGGUAAAGCUCAAGAUGGAUGGGUUGCAGUAACAGAAAGUGGUCUGUUUUGUGUGACAACUCUCAAACCAGAUGUUAAAAUAGCAAGAAAAAACUUGUCCUCCAUUAGGAGGCGUGUUGCCUUUGCUGACCUUGCAUAUACUAGCCAAGGGAAAGUUAUAGUUGCUGCUAAUGAUGGGGAGAAAUCAACUUCAGUACAGUUUUAUAGAAUGCAAAUCAAAUCUCAGAACAAUACUUGCCAGAUUGAGACAUUUUCUCUUCCUUGUUUGUUUCCACAUUCUAGAAGUGAACUUCAAGAAAUUUCAGAGUACACUGUUAGUGAGAUUCAGUUUUUGUCAAAGAAUUCUGGUGAGAUUGUACUGGUGUGCACUGUAGGGCUCUUUGGCACUUGCAUMAAGAAGUGGGUCAUGAGGAAAGAAAGAAUUGAAAAGUUUCAAAAGGUCCCAUUCAGAACUUCAGCCCAGCCCACUGUAUUUAGAUGGUCAUGCUUAACUUCCCAUAUGGAUAGUGCUCAAUUGAUAUCACUAACCUUACCAAGAUUGCCAGUCACAGUCGAUGUAUCACAGACCCUGAUGUUUCCUGUUUUAGCAAUAGCUGCUAGUUAUGAUGAUGACAGAAUAGAACUUAUCAACAGCCAUACACUUUCACGAAUGAGUUCACACCAGUCUCAAGCAAAGGGCAUACAAUCAGUGGAACCACCAAGUAAGAAGGCCAAAACACAUCAGCUAACCCAAACACAGGGUACCAUGUGCUGCAUGAGCUUUUCUCCUUGUUCAUGUUGUCUGGUGGGUGUUAGUUGUACAGGAGACUUGUCUGUUUUCAAAAUCCAGCCAACAGAGGGUACACCACCAAACAGGUUUAAAAGAAAUCUUGUAGACUUGAUGGAAUAUUGCCUGGUAGCAGGUUGGGAAUGGUGGGACAUCAUGGUUGCUGCUCAUCUUGGUGCCCCAGCAGAUAUGGCCGAGUCUGUUCUCAAGCUGUUACUUGAAGAUUUUAAUCAGGUUCAGCUGUUACAGCAGUACAUACCACACAUGUUGAUCCAUAAGUUGAUGGCUGUGAAGGCCAGUCUCUACCGGUGUAUGAAAGAUGGUUCUGGUCAAGCCAUGGAUUGCUAUGCAUCUCAGUUUUUGUAUUCUGUCACUAUGUUGUUUCGCUCACUACCAACUUGUACCCAAAACACAAUGGAACAAUUAACAAAGGUCUGUACAGCAAGAACCACUGAUGUUGAUAUAGACAAAGUCAUCUUGUCUCUAGAUAGCAAAGAGUACACUGUGGAAGCUGGCAUUCUCACUGCAGUUCAUCCAUUAAUCCAGUGGAUUACAGAUUUAGCAAUGUUUGUCAUUGCUGCAUUUACAACCCGUCAUACCAAGGACUCUGUACCUGGGGUUAGCCUUGGACAUAAUCCAGAGGUGCUUGGGCUUCUAAAAGAGAUGCUGGUGUUGAUAAAGAUUUGGGGUCAGACGAUGUCAUCCAUUGUACCAUCAAUCACCCCUUCAGCAGAUAAGAAAGACUCGCUAGCACUGUUAUUCAAGAUUAUAACCAAGAUGUGGUUACACAGCAAACAGCCUGGCGAAGGGCAAGAAAUUGAGGACAGACUUGCAGUAGAGGCAUCCCCACUGUUGCCAAACCAGCUUUUUGUUGUUAAUAUGAAAGCACCUAAUCUUAACAGAGGUGUGAUUGGUAAGCCAGUGAGUGGCCCCAUUAAAGCAUCAGUCUACCAGUUCAACAAUCGCCCAAUGGGUGCAAGUGUGUGUCACAGCUACCAUCCUUUUGCUUCAGCUGUACUUCCUAUUGCUCCGGAAAGUGCCUACAAUUUGGAUGUGAUACGAAGAGUUUUUAUUGAUUCAGGACCAGAUAUACCGCUGAAACAGUGCACAAGGUGCAGCUGUGUGUCUCAGUUAAAUGGUCCAUCAAAUCAAAAUAUAGUACUAAAAACCUGGGAACAGCGCUGGGUCAAGUCCUGUGUAUGUGGAGGGAGUUGGAAGAAAUAUCAAGUACAGUAGAGAAAAAAAAUUAAACUUUGAUGUAAAUAACUACAUAAACUACAUGUCUAUAUUAAUUUUAGUUGAAAGUGAUGACUUGAAUGUAUAGAAAAAUAAAUUGCUACAGAAAAUAGCAGCUUAAUGAAAUUGUUGGUGUUAGUUCGAAUCAUUCAUCUUCUGUAUUUAUCUACUUAAAGUAAAUAACCACAUAUCACAGAACCUUACUAUUAAAAUACUGUAAUUGUUUCACUACAUGGAUUCCUUUUAUUUCUACUCUAAUUUGAUAUAUUUACAUAAUGUAGUUACUUAAUGUAAUUCUAAUCUUUUACCAUAAAAAUCACAAGUUUAAGUUCAAAAUUUGUAUCAGCUAAUUUGUUUCCCCCCACAAAAUAAUUAGUACGUUACUCUGUACAUCUGUACAAGGGUAGUAGUUAUAAGAUAAGUUAGUGCCCUAAUAAGCACUAGUUAUAAUAAUCACUUGUAAAAUUACAACUACUGUACUGUAUGUUAGCUACAUUAAAUCAUUUAUUCAUAAUCCA